AUGGCUGAUUUGCAAGAAAAUCUUGUACUUCUCCUUAUCUGGCUAGCCUCUAUCAUUUUGGUCGGAACCUUCCUUACCAAAACUAAAACCAAAGUUCGCCUUCCACCGAGCCCACGAGCGCUACCGAUCAUUGGACACCUCCACCUCCUUAACCGAAUCCCUCACCAAGCUUUUCACAAGCUUUCGAACCAAUAUGGACCUUUAAUAUACCUACUCUUUGGCUCCAAACGUUGUGUGAUUGUUUCCUCGCCGGAAAUAGCAAGAGAAUUCCUAAAAACCUAUGAAACUAGUUUCUUGGACCGCCCCAAAAUGUCUAACGCAGACUACCUUUCAUAUGGCACAGCGGAUUUCGCUUUGGCACCCUACGGACCCCACUGGAAGUUCAUGAAAAAGCUUUGCAUGACCGAACUUCUAGGCGGUCAAACACUUGAGCAUCACUUACCGAUCAGGUGUGACGAACUAAAGCGGUUUCUACAUCUAUUAUAUAAAAAAGCGAAGGCCAAUGAGGCAGUUGAUGUAGGAGCAGAGCUUAUAACGUUAACGAAUAACAUGAUAUCAAGGAUGGCACUAAGAAAAAGGUUUUCGGAAAAUGAAGACGAUGCUGACAAAGUGAGGAAGAUAGUGAAAGAAAUGUGUGAGCUUGCUGGUAAGGGUAAUGUGUCGGAAAUGAUAUGGUUUUGCAAGAAUUUGGAUUUGCAAGGAUUUGGGAAAAGGCUUAAGGAUGUUCGCGAUAGAUAUGACACUAUGAUGGAGAAGAUAAUGAAGGAACACGAAGAGGCAAGGAAGAAGGAGAUGGGUGAUGGAAUAAAAGAUGUACUUGAUAUUUUACUUGAUAUAUACGAAGAAGAAAACUCAGAGAUCAGAAUGACCAGAAAAAACAUCAAGGCCUUCAUUAUGAAUAUGUUUGGAGCUGGGACAGACACAUCAGCUGUGACAACAGAAUGGGGACUCUCAGAGCUAAUUAAUCACCCAAAAGUGAUGGCUAAAGCAAGGCAGGAGAUUGAUAUGGUUAUUGGGAAAAACAAAAUUAUAGAGGAGUCGGAUAUAGUUAAACUUCCCUACAUGCAGGCUAUAGUGAAAGAAAUACUGAGGCUUCACCCAACUGGCCCCUUAAUUGCGAGGGAGUGUACUGAAGAUUGCAACAUUGCUGGCUAUGAUAUUCCAGCAAAAACCCGGGUUUAUGUAAAUGUGUGGGCUAUUGGAAGGGACUCAAACCACUGGGAGAAUCCACUUGAGUUCUCACCGGAGAGGUUUCUUACUGAAGAGGGUAGUGGGAAUAGCCAAUUGGAUGUGAGGGGGCAACACUUCCAUUUUAUACCAUUUGGGAGUGGAAGAAGAAGUUGUCCUGGUGCAACGCUAGCAUUGAAGGUUGUUCAUACCACACUGGCUGCAAUGAUUCAGUGCUUUGAAUGGAAAGUUGGGGAUGGAGGAGAUGGUACUGUGGACAUGGAAGAGGGACCUGGGAUAACCCUUCCUCGGGCUCAUCCUCUAGUUUGUGUCCCUGUGGCUAGGCUCAAACAAUUUCCACCAAUUUGA